AUAUCACAGAUAAGAGUUGGCCACACUGCAACGACCGAUCGACUGCCAUUUUAUCCACAACACAACACUGCCAGAAGCUACUCAAAUUUUCGUUUGAACCGCAACAAUGCGUGGAAAUAAGGAAAGCAAGAAAAAAGUGGAAACGAAUGCCAACGGCGCCAUCAAGAAGGCUCCGCAACCUGGCUUGGGGGAUUUCCAUCACCAUGUGGUUAAUAAUGAUAAAGUGCAUGCAGAACUACAGCUGAAAAGCCCAUGCCGAGCAUUAGAGCGUGAACUUGGCGUAAUGUGCGAGAGCAGGACAGCAAGCAGUUCAAGGGGAUGCGGCGCCAACGACAGGGAGCAGAAAAUCUCCAGCGGGAUGCCAAGGGCUACCCAAGUGCCACCAAAACCCUUGGGACAGUUAUCGACACCUGAAAUUAAUGGCCACAACAUCUCUAACAAAGUACCCGAGUCGGUUGAAGCCGGUUCGGUACGGAAAAUGUACGGAAACCGGAACAGAAAGAAACCAGAAGACCCAUGUGAUGUUUCCCAGCGAGCAACGCCUGAAAUGAAUUGUCACGAGGUCCCAUACGUCCACAAUAUCUAUAGCGAAAUAUCCGAGCUGUACCCGAAACCUUCUGGACAGAGUGUCCCAUUCGUACCCCAAAGACGCGGCGGCGGGUCCACUGGCAAAAUGAGACGCGGAAAAGAGGACAACUUUAACGGAAUAGACCAAAAGCCACUAAAUAACUGGGAAAAAGCACUAGCUGCAAUGUAUGGGCAUGGAAACUCCGACGUCCACAUCUACCGCGGAGUAUCCGAGCUGUUUCCGGAACCUUCGACCCAGAGCCAGAGUAGCCCAUUCGUACCCCUGAGAGUGGCCAACAACUACAAACAGAUCAGCCGCGUGGAAGGAGAACCCUCCAAGGCUCGGAUACCCUGUGUACAGGCACGCAAAGAGCCGCAAAUCAAAAUUAUGAAGAGGCCGGAGCCAGACAAAGUUACGUUCACAAUUAAGAAUGAGCCGAUCCGUGGACUGCCCCGCGGUAAGGUCAGAGUGCGAUCCUGCCACCCAAAAGCGCCGCCAGCGCGUUGCGUGCCGAAGGAACUGGAGCAGGUGGAUCGCAUGACAUCGGCAGACUUCCGGCACGACAAUAACGCCCACGUGCUGAACAUGCGCACGCAGCUCAAAAACCAGGACCACAUGCACUACUUUGCGAUGGUCAUCAGAGAGAACGCGCAUCUGUUCAAGGGGCGCGUCAUCCUCGUCCUGUCCUGCGGCGUGGGCACCUUGGCCCUGAUGGCCGCCCGCAUUGGGGGGGCGAAGCGUGUGUACGCCGUGGACCACUCGAUGGUGACUAACUAUGCGGAGCUGGUGGUGAAGCAGAAUCACUUCGAGCACACCGUGAAAGUGCUGCACGGGCGCAUGGCCGAUCUGAAGCUGCCCGAGAAAGUGGACGGAAUUGUGUGCAACUGGAUGGGGCACUCGCUGCUGUUCAACUCUGAGAUCCUGGAGGUGCUCGAGGCACGGGAUCGCUGGCUGAAGAAGAAUGGAUUCAUACUGCCCGAUCUGGGGGCUCUCUAUCUGGUGGGAGCCGCGGAGCCAGAGCUGAAGGGCCUUUGCGACUGGUGGCGGAGCGUCUACAGCUUCAAAAUGAACGCCAUGCGUCGGUGUGCCAUCUCCGAGCCUCGUUACGCGAAGACCCACGCCGGCUGUGUCCUAACCCUCGCCCAUCGCGUGCUGGCGCUCAAUCUGAAGAGGGCCACCACGGAGGAUCUACAGAUAGAUCGCGAUAUACGGCUGAAGGUCACCAAGGAUGGGCACCUAGAGUGCUUCACUCUGUACUUCGAUGUGGCGUUCAGCCAAUGCCAUCGACAGCGCACCCUCAGCUGCAAUCCCUGUCUCGCCAGCGGUUACAAUUCGCUCUGGCUGCAGACGGUUCUCUUCGUCGAAAGGUCCUUUGUGCUCCGUGAGAACCUGCACUACGCGGGUCGCUUCAUCUUCCGCCCCUUGGAGAGAUCCGACACAAAUCAGUUCGAGAUUGUCAUCAAGCUCUCUGAGAGCGGGCGCUUCGAGGGGGAAAUGCCGGGUUUCUUUGGCAAUCGUUUGGUCAGCAAGCGCUGGCUGAUGAUGGACCGCCACCAGACGGUGGCCGAGGUGGACAGCUGUCAGGACGAGGAUAAUUGAGUGUAAGAGUCAUAUAUUAUAUGCUUAUGAUCGCUUCUUCCCUUCGUCCAUCGAUCGCAGGGAUCAAUUUAUAUGUAGAGUGCGCGCAGAUGCGCUCCAGGCACGUGAGCUUUUGGCUGCUCAACACCAGCAGCAACCAUCAUUCCAUCUCCAUCAUCACAAUAAUAAGCAAAAACAUUACCACCAUCAGCAUCAGCAGCAACGCAUGACAACUCGAAAGACGCAAAGCUCCAGCUUUGCACUUGCACCGGCACCGGCACCGGUUGUACAGCACUUAACAACAAGAAUAAGAAUAGUAUUAGUAGUAAUGUAUGGCAACACGGGGAGCAGGAGCUCUUCCUCAUUGCCUUCGAGUGGCACAGCAACGACCACCAUCAACAUUACCAACAUCUGCAGCAGUACGGACAGGAUCGUCAUCUGCAGAUCAGGAGUAGCUACCAGCAAUCGGAGAUGACCAGAUCCAAACACCAAACCGCCGCCCAAUAAGACUGAGGAAUGUGCCCGAGCAAAUCUCGGCGGUCUGUGAUUCAAGGCCUCCGCCACGGGUGGCAUCAGCAGCGACUCGUCAACGUACACAGCCUCCGCGGUCUCCACCUCUAAGCCUAAGCCGAACGCCAUAACCAAGUUCCUCUCACGCAUCAGAUCUCGAAAGUCUCCGCCGGCUUAUUUUUAAAAUACCGUAUAUAUACGUACUGUUCGUAGGUACAUUGUGCUCGUGUCUUAAAUCGUGAUCAGCGAUAAGCGCUAAUCCUAAUCUUUAAUCAGUGAUGCGAAAAAAUGGUGUUUAUAAAUUUGAAUAAAUCUAUUAAAAAGAUU